AUGGGCUGCCUUGGCGGAGUUGAAGUUGAGAUUUUAGGAGGUUAGAGUUGGGUUUUUGCAUUUUUAUUCUCUUGCAUUUUUGGAAAUAUUCAAUAGUUGUAAAAUUGAUCUUCUAAACGAUUGAGCGGCUGUAUUCAUGAGUGAAUUCGGAAGUUCUUUGCGCUUUCCGACCGGAAAAAGCUCAGAAACGUCCAAAAUCCUGCAAAAAACCGAAAAAUCUUUCUUACAAAAGUGAAGCAACCGGAAUUGAGAUUUUUGUUGAUGGAGUUGGAGUUAGAGUGGAAUUGAAAGUCAGCGGAAUUGCCCUGCCCUGACCCCAUGAAUGUAGUAAGAAAUUAUAGUUGAUAAAAAACAAUAUGAAUUAGAUUCUGCUAGCGGUUUUAAAAAGAGAAUUACUAGAUAUAAAAAGCGAUGUAAUGAUAUUUCGCCAUCUAGAAUUUCGCCAGUCGAAAUUCCGAAGGAUUUUCGCAGUAUUGUCGAAUAUACAGAGCAAAGCCACCAACAAUUCGGACAAUUGUCAAAAAUCCAACGGAAUUUUUUACAGUGAUUUUCAGUUGCACUUGAAGUAAAAUGUUUAAUAGCAUACACCGGGCAUAAUAAUAAAAUAAUACAUUGUGUUUUUAUAACCUAUAAUCUGUGUAUUCUUGUAUUUUUGUAAUUUGUGUGAUUUUUUAUUUGUCACAGUUCAGUUGCUGUGAGAUACAGAAACUCUAUUUGUUUUUGGUUCCCAUGUGGGAUCUGCAUUUGAAAAAGAGAGAAGAAAAGUCUUAUUUUGUCAUUUUAUUUUCAUUUGUAAAUUAUUAGAGGAAGACUCCAGUUCACUGAUUCUGUGUAGCAUAUUCAUGUUGCUCGACAAAAUGUUUGGUAUCGCAGAAAUUCCACUUCUAUCAUCAUAUGAACUUCUUCUUUUCCAAUUUCUUGAAAUUUAAAAAUGAAAUGUACCACCGCAAAAAUGGAUUUUCGACAAUUGUCAGAAUUACAAGGACUUAGGACAAUAGUAUAAAAACAACCUGAAAUUCGACAAUGCCGAAAAUCAGGUGGUUAAAUUCCAGCUUUCGAUAUUCCUUUUUAUCGUAUAAUAGAAUGUGAGAAACGACAAUGUAAUAGAGGAAACAGAGAAAUUGUUUCUCACAUCCUUUUAUUAUACAUACAGCAACAACGAUAUGCUUAGCUUUCGUUUUUUCUCUUUCGUUCGCCUUGUUUCAUUUUAUAUCAGUAUCGCAAGACAUCACGAAACCAUGUUUUAUCAGGAUAUAUUGAAAUAAUAUUGCAACGGAUAUUAUCUAGAUAGAAAAUUAUCUGAUCCAUUGUCACACCCCGGUAUGUCGCAAUAAAAAUUAUAGCGCAAUACGUGCCGAUCAAUGAGUAAUCUCGAUGCAUCGUAACCGAUUGGUAUCAAGAUAUACUAGUACUCGGUGGUGGAAAGUAUAGCGAUAAAAAAUCUAUCACAUCCGUUAUCACGCUGGGAUGUAUCGGUAAGGCAUGGAUAUACUGAGAUAUAUCCGUCUAAAACAAGCAGCGGCGCAUAUCGCCCCGUAAUGUUUAUCCCGACAUAUCGCAGUGUCACAACGGAUACGAUAAGUUUUUCAUCGCGGAGAGGAUGCUUUUUUCUAUCGGAAAUAUACCACAGCAACCAGUGAUUGUUUUCGGACUACCACCGUGUGUGAUUCUCUGAUUCUUUUUCCCUCGCCAUAUGGUGAGCUCUCAACACAGAAACACUAACGUUGGUUUUUUCUUAAAAAAUCAUGGCUAGCAAUCCGAACGUCUGAAAAACGGUGAAAAAGAUCCCAAUCCACAUGUUUCGGGGAUCACCUUUCGAAAAGGCUGAAAGCGUUUACGGGGGAAAAGUUUUGGAAGCAACUAGGUUUUCUGGAGAACCUGCAAAGACAUCUAGCAAUGUUUUUAACUGUUGCGUUAGAAAGAACAUAUCAGAAAAUCUAUAAAGGUGCACUUUAAAUCUUAUUGAGAUCGAUUUAAUACAAGUCCCACAUCGUAACCAAAAAUUGCCACUGUGACCUGGUACUGUUCCCUAGCUCACAGGGGGCAACUAAGCGGACAUUAGGCCAAAAAGUCGAUUUCGAGUGUUUUAAAAAAUAAAUAGUCCAAAAUGUAGCCCUUUAAAUUCUCUAUCUAAUGGUGUAUAAAUGUCUAUUGUGAAAAUGUAACCCUCGAUCAGAAGCGAGAACACAAAAAACUCGAACAUAUACGACAUCUAUACACAAAAAUAAGAUUUUCCACUUUUACAGGUAUGUUGUGCGAUUUCAAAGCUC